UGGAUGAUUACAAGCCUACAGCCAGCAUUUCGAAGUUGACCACAAAUGAGACAAAGAGAAAGGAGAACCCCAUGACCCAGAGGCUGACUGAGCUGAUGAAGCAACUCCACAAUGAAACUGAGGAGCUAAGUUUCCGCUGCAGGAAGAAUAUUUCGCUGAAAGAAGACUCAUUUUUGGAGCUGAAUAGAUCCCUGGUAUCACCCGAGUCCACAAAACAUCUGGCGAACACUAUGAGCUGGGCAGAUGUGGAGAGCUCAGUGAAUGGGAAAGGAGCUGCUCAAACUUGUGUCACUGACGGAUCACUGAGACAGGAUAAGCCAAUGGAGCAGUGGUCCCUGUUGCCUUCUGAGAGCCAUUAUAGGCAGACAAUGGAAAGCAUUAAGAGCCUGCAUUCGGGGGACCGCAGUGUAAGGCACACACCGAGCAAUUAUUUCAGCAAGUGGGAGGAAACGGGGAGGCCCUUCUUCGGGAAUCAGGACACGUUCAGCCGCUUUACCCUGGAGAUGGCUCACCAGUACCUGAAGGAAGAGGAUCUUCGAGCCAGGCACCAGUCGGCUCUCUUCCGAUUGAGGGAGAAAGCAUUGAAGGAGAAAACCAAGGCCGAGCUGGCCUGGCUCGAGCAGCAGAAAAUACGUCUCUUGGACAAAGGGCAAGAUGAUAAAAGGCCUGCUAUCAUCAGGAAGCAGCGGGAGGUUUUACUGAAGCUACAGAAGGAGAAGGCGGAGAUCAGACACCUCCAGAAUGCCUAUCGGGUUGCCCACGAGGAGAGGAAACUCCUCCUCAAACAGCAGCAGGAGAUCUUUAGGAUUCACCAGUCAACGGCGAACCUGCAACGGCAGCUGAGCUUAUCUGCAACGGGCCCUUGGUUUUCAGGAGUGAAGGACGCAUCGCCACCCACAGCUGACGGUGAGCCCACACUUCUGCCUGGUCCUGAGCCUGACCCGGGUGUGGGCAGCUCUUCCCCUUGGUCGCUCUCAGGGAGUGAGGACAGUGCAGCCACAGACCGACCAGAGGAUGCGCACAGCAAGCUGGAUGAAAGGAUCCUUUUUCAAAGAGAGGAGGAGCUUGUGAGACGGCGGAAGCAGGCCAUGGGCGUGCUGGCAUGGAAGAGACCUUUGGAUAACGAGGAACCGGUUGUUCACCGGACUGAGACGGAGGUUUUGACCACCUGGAGUCCACGGAUCAGGGAGCAAGUUCCCGACGCAUGGGAUCCUUCCACAGAUAAUUUGAAUGUUAAAGAAUGCUCAAAUUCCCCAGAAUCAACAAAGCACAUUGAGAUCAGCAAAGUGGUAACGAGGAGUAUGGAUGAACUAAAUGGAGAGAAGCAGAAUGAGAAACCUGCUGAAACUUUGAAACAGAUCUCUACAGUUCCAGAACCUUCUGAAAAGUUGGCGAUGAAAGCAGCCAAGAUUCAAUCAGAGAAGAAUUUCCUAAUCAAUGAGCCCGCAGCGAGAGGACCCCACAUUUCAUCACUGAGGCAUGAGCUGGCGAGCAGCAAAGAGAUAAUGGGCAGUGUACAGAGUGAACAAAGGAGGCGACAGAGGGAAAAGUUAAAGAUGGAGGAAGCUGAACUGUGCAGGCAACUGGAAGGUUUGCAUGUGCCAAAUGAGUGCAAGUUCUUUGUUGUGACCCUUAACUGAAACCAU